AUGGCUGUUCGACAUGCGUGUGAACAACUUCGUGAACGAUUGGAUACACUUUUAGUUGAUAAAAAUGUCCCUAUUUCAUGGGAAGAUCUUAUCAAACAAGCAUAUUUUGCUCGUAUCGAUCUAUGUGCACAUGGAUUCUAUGCAACACCAGGAAUGUUUGACGUGGAUUUUUCACAAAAUCGAGCUACUUGCAAUUAUUUUACACAAGGUGCUGCAGUCACCGAAGUUGAAUUGGACACAUUGACAGGUGACUGGCAUCUAUUACGUGUGGACAUUCUCAUGGAUGUUGGCAAGUCACUGAAUCCUUCUAUUGAUAUUGGUCAAAUUGAAGGUGCAUAUAUGCAAGGUGUUGGUUUGUUUACCAUGGAAGAACUCAUUUGGGGUGAUCAUACAGAACAUAAAUGGAUUAAACCAGGAGAACUGAUUACUUGCGGACCGGAUACAUAUAAAAUUCCAUCGUUUAGUGAUGUUCCAAUUGAUCUACGCGUUUCACUUUUAUCGGACUCGUCAAAUCCACGAGCUAUCUAUUCAUCGAAGGGUAUUGGUGAACCACCAAUCUUACUUGCUACUUCAGCUUUCUUUGCACUCAAACAAGCUUGUAUGGCCUAUCGACAAGAUCAAGGUUUCCAAGAUUAUUUCACACUUCAUUCACCAGCUACUGUGGAACGACUUCGAAUGGCUUGUGCCGAUGAAUUCACUCGCCGCGUGUGCUCUAAUGAACAUCAAACAUAUCAACCUAGAGGUUCCUAUUGA